AUAAUAAUGGACAACAACACCACCACCUUAAAUAAUGAUAAAUAAUAAAAAUAAUACAGAACAGAACAUAAUAAGCAUCUUCUCCCACCAAAACCAAAUCGGCUGAUCGAUUUCAUCGCUGUGUCCACCAACAACAUUACAGACAGGGCAAAUGCUUCGAAUCAGUCUCCUCAGAUUUCUCUCUCUUCCUUCUCGCUCCUCUUCUUCUUCUUCCCUUUUCUUCAAUCCCAUUUCUCCUCAUUCCCAUUCCCAAAACAUGGCCACCUCUGCUUACACGACAUCGUCUGACUCCGCCUCCUCUGCGAAGCUCCUCUUCCGCCAGCUCUUCGAGAAGGAGUCCUCCACGUACACUUACUUGCUCGCCGACGUCGCUCACCCCGACAAACCCGCUCUGUUGAUUGACCCGGUGGACAAGAUGGUGGAUAGGGAUAUCUCCCUUGUCAAAGAGUUGGGUUUGAAGCUAAUUUAUGCCAUGAACACUCAUGUUCAUGCUGAUCAUAUCACUGGCACUGGCCUCAUCAAGACUAAGCUUCCUGGUGUCAAAUCUAUCAUUUCGAAGGCGAGCAACUCAAAAGCAGACCGUCUGAUUGAAGCCGGUGAAAAAAUACAUUUCGGCGAUCUGUUUUUGGAGGUUCGAGCUACUCCCGGGCAUACAUUAGGUUGUGUUACCUAUGUUACAGGAGAUAGGCCUAAUCAGCCACAACCAAGGAUGGCUUUCACUGGAGAUGCUUUACUCAUACGGGGUUGUGGGAGAACUGAUUUUCAGGGUGGCAGUUCACAUCAACUGUACAAGUCAGUUCAUUCACAGAUUUUCACAUUGCCAAAGAAUACGUUGAUCUAUCCUGCUCAUGAUUACAAGGGAUUCAGUGUUAGCACCGUUGGGGAGGAGAUGCUUUAUAAUCCUCGACUCACAAAAGAUGAGGAAACAUUUCAAAAUAUCAUGGAAAAUCUAAAACUCUCAUAUCCGAAAAUGAUUGACAUAGCUGUACCUGCGAAUAUGGUUUGUGGAUUGCAAGAUUUGUCUGAAAGGCCUGUUGAGUCUGUGUCAAACUAGACAUAUUUGCUGCUACGAUUUGCAUUUCAGACGAGAACAUCGAAAGGGAGCCGGCUUAACCACAUGAAUCAAUUGGCUACAAUUUGACUGUACUAAGACCUUGAAAGUAUACUGAUAAUGCCACGAAAGCAGCUCUAUAUCCUAUGACAUCUCUCUCCUCUUCAUUUCAAGAGAUGACUUGUAUUAGCUCUUUCGUUGUACAGUAAAUAAAAAUAAAUAAAUAAAUCUCUGGAUGACUGAGCUGGCUGUGGCUAUUGUAUUAGAAUGACUACAUAAAAUAAAACCUCCAAUUUACUAUUUUCCA